GGGCGAAAGAGGGGAAAAAAAGCGAGAAACGUGAGAAGAAAACCUAAUGGGUAAGAUCGGAUCUGAAACCUCUACCGCUUACUGCGACAUCAAAGAUGGAUGGCAGACAAUUGUCUCGAAGCACUAUCACAACCAUUAUUUUAUGGUCUUUGGCGGCGUUUUCAGCGAGGAUGUUCCGAAUGAAAGCCUAGCUAACAACAACGCCUUCCGUGUACUCAUGACGUUGGAAGAGGAAAAUGAAAAGCCGAUUUUGUCUUUUUCCGAAGCCGCGGCAAAGAUCGAUCCCUCUCAUCUUGCGGCUUUCCUCGACGAAAAGAAGGUAAUAUCCGGUUCGAGCGAUCUCUACGUAUGGAGAUUUUACUAUUACCUUGAGAAAGCUUUUUCCCAAGUAUCAUUACCAUGGGUCAAGUUGUUAAAGGAAUUGCCUUUGUCCAAGCUGAUCAAUGACCAUGUUUCAUUAUGUCUUCUUCCUGUAUCUGUCUACGACAUAUCAGCCGAUUGGUUCAAGAAUCUUCAUAAUGAUUCACCCUUGAAUUUCGUUGCUUGGGCGCUUAAUAAGAUUCUCACCGAUUGGGAAUCAGAACAACAAAGACUCUCUUCUAACGCUGUGGCCAAAUUUGUUGGAUUAGCCUUGGUAUUGGGUAGUAGUAAGCCUGAUGUUGUUACUACUGCUUUGCGGAUGCUGAGGUGGAGACCUAUGUAUCAAGGCCAGGACAAGCUUCCGGUUCUAGUUUUGAUACUGGCUCAGGCCACCCACGGUGAUUUCUCUGCUGGCUUGUAUUCAUGGGCUCAUGUGUUGUUACCACUAGUCGGCAGUUACAAGCGCCGCCGCCCUCGCUCAAUUGAUCUCAUCCUGCAAUUUGUUGAGAUCUUUUUGUCAAAUCCAGAGGCUCAGACCAUACUUGUAAAUCGACCUGUUAGGGAGGGAGAGCGGCUGAUUCCCCCUUCUUCAUUUGAGACCUUGCUGCGGCUUACAUUCCCUGCUCCAUCCGCUAGAGUAAAGGCAACAAAGAGGUUUGAGGCAAUUUAUCCUUGUUGAAAGAAGUAGCCCUUGCACCCGAGACUGCAACAGGAGGAAAGGCAGUGGAACAGAUAUUCACUUUUUCUUUGAAAUUAGCUGGAGAAGGUGUUGUUACAGGAAAUCCUGGUCUAGCCAAGGAAGCUGCAGCAAUCGCUAUCCGGUCUGUGACAGAACACGUUGAUUGCUUUAACCACUGGGAUAUUCUCUAUAAGGAGCAUCUAGAAGCUAGCGUUGCUCUUCUUAGAAAGCUUGCAGACGAAUGGAAGGAUCAUGCCCCUAAAUUAUUAUCAUCACCAGGUGAUACUCUCACUGUCAAUCGAGCUAUGAGGAGCUUCAGGCUUAAGAAUGAAAAAGCCAUCUCUGAAGGAGGUGCCAAUUGUUCACUUUACGAAGAAGCUGACGAGUCCUGCAAACUGAUCUCGGGGAGACUCUCCCGUGCAAGUGGCCGCCUCAAAAUUACACCCAUUAUGGCUGUGGUUCUUGUUUCUGCAUGCACCUGUGCAGGAAGCAUUGCAGCCGCACUUGCUCUAUCUUACUAGCAAGCAUAAUGAGGUUUUCGUUUUUUAUAAUCAAAAGUUGGGAUCUAUAGGGCUGGUCCAACCUUAUCGCAUAUGUAAUAUGGGUGUUGUUUUAUGUAUAACCAUGAAAGCUUGACAUCUUUGUUUAUGUUUGACAUUUUGAACAACAAAAUCAGUGUUAUU